AUGCCGAAGGAGGUCGACGAGUUGGCGAGAUCUCUUCCGGGGACAUCGACUAGACUCAGUGAUGGACCUUCUCGAUGCUUAGCUGUACCCGGAGAGCGAGAUCGCGGAGCUGCGCAGGCCCUCGAAGCCCUCGGCCGAACGCGGCCGAACACGUCGAGCAUGUGGUUCUACAUGUGGAUGGCGCGCGUCACGCACUCCGAGCGCUUGGAUCGACCGAUGCGGGUGGGCGGCACGGAGAACACGCACUCGGAGCACACGGGCACGCCCGUGUCGACUCCGAAUCGGACCCGCUCGGCUCGAUUACGCGCAUCGGCGCGGACGCGCCGACGCGCGAGAACGGGGGCGCGCGGACGACGACCAGCGGUCCGCGCGGACGUGGUGGAGAGUGACAUGGCGCAGCUGCGCGCCCGAUCGGCGCCACCCGCCGAAGGUCGCUACUAG